CCAGGUUUGGCACCCCGCCUUGUCUCUUCGCUUCCCCAGGUUUUACAUUGGAGGAGGGAGGGACCAGGGUUGUACGAGGACCAUCACCAAAGGGGAACACGUUCGACGUUCAUUGUUCACUAGACCCACGAACCUCGGCUUCUUUCACUAGUCUAAGACACCAAACGAUGCAUAUGGGCAAGCCACUCAGAUGUCUAUUGAAUCACGUCGGCCUGAGCUGGCAUCUAGCUCGGUCGACCAUCAUGGCUUUCUCAUGAAUUCAUCUUGGAGUUGAACAAGCUCGACGAGUUCACUCAAUCACCACGGCCAACAUGGAACCCUCAAGUGCAAACACGGGCUUCAUCCAGCAACAGCCCAUCAUCAAGAACCAGUUUCACGAAGAUGUCAGUCUCCAGCGGAUAGCCAAACUCUACCUCCCCCCUUCCCUUCUCGAGAAAGUCACCCCCGAGAUCUCCCGCCUAGGCGACGCCGUCCUCUCCCAGCAAAUCUUCGACUGGAUCACCGACGCCGAGCGCAACACCCCUUACCUCCGCGGCUCAGGGCGCGACGCCUUCGGCCGCCCCAAACAGGAACUCAUCGUGACCGAAGGCUGGCGCAAGCUACAAGAGUUCGGCUUCGCCAACGGCGUCGUGGCCAUCAACUAUGACAGUAGCUCGCCGUCUAACGGCCCCUACUCGCGGCUGAUCCAGUUCCUCCGCUGCCACCUCUGGGAAGCCUCGUGCGCCAACACCAUGUGUCCGGCCGCGAUGCAGGACGGUGCCGCCCGUUUGCUGCAGCGCCACCUGACCACCCCCCAACUGGCGGCGAACCUAUCUGAAACCGAAAAGAGCGUCUUCCAAAACGCCUACGACCACCUCACUUCGCGCGACCCGGCCUACACCUGGACUUCAGGCCAAUGGAUGACGGAACGCACCGGCGGGUCGGACGUGUCCCAGACCGAAACCGUCGCUACUUAUUCCCCCUUUCCCGCUGGGCGGCAGCCGGUCCCAUUAGCCUGCAAAGAAGAAAACAUGCCCUUGGGUCCUUGGUCCAUCUCAGGCUUCAAGUGGUUCUCCUCCGCCACCGACAGCCAAAUGACCAUUCUCCUCGCCAAGACGCGUCCAGGCAUGGGAGUCUCAGCCUUCUUUGCUCCCAUGCGACGAUGGAAUCCCGAGCUUGUUUCGCCCACAUUCACCGGCGUUACAAACGGCGGCGGCACGGAACUCAACGGGGUGACCAUCUCCCGCCUCAAGAGCAAGUUUGGCACAGUUAGUUUGCCGACUGCCGAACUAGAGCUGAAGGACAUGCGCGGGUGGUUAAUUGGCCAAGAAGGGGAAGGCAUCAAGGAGAUUUCGACGAUUCUGAACAUCACGCGGGUACACACGACCGUUUCGUCAAUGGGAUAUCUAGGGCGCGGCAUAGGUGUCGCCAAAGCGUAUGCGCUCGUCCGCGAAGCUGGCAUUGGAAAGGGCCGUCGAUUACCUCUUUACAAACACCCAUUGCACAUGCGCACGUUGGCUGACUUGACGGCUGAAUAUCACGGGCUGAUGUUACUGACUUUUUAUACUUUCCCCCUCCUCCGCACCCUCUCCUCCCUCCACAAGUCCUUCAUCUGCCACACCACCAUCCCCCUCUCCUUCAGCUGCAUGGAAUCUCUCGGCGGGGUAGGCUACCUCCUCAACUCCGACUCCGAACACCUCAAUCUCUCCCGUCUCUUCCGGGACGCCUGCGUCGGCGCCAUCUGGGAAGGCACGACGGACGUCUUGGCUUCCGAUACUCUUCGGGCGCUCAAACAUCCCUCCGCAGGGGUGAAAGCACUAGAGUGGUUGGUUGAGACGGGACUCGCUUCAAUCAAAAAGGUUUGGGAGGGAUUGAAGAAAAAGUUUCUGGACAAGGGAAAAAAGCAGCAGGAGGAGAAGUUGGUGGCGGAGGCGAGAGGGCUGACGCAUAGGUUGGCGGAGGUGGUGAUUGCGGUUUUGUGGGUGGUUGAUGCGAGGGUGAGGCCGGGGAGGGAGGUGGAGGGUAUGAAGAGGAGGUGGAUGGCUAAACAUGGGUUUGGGCCUCAUAGUGGUGGUGAUGGGGAGGAGGAGGAAGUGAAGGUGGAGGGAGAUGGACUGGAGUUGGAUUUGGCGAUUGUUUAUGGGGAGGGAGGGCCGAAGGGGGUUGUUGAGGGUGGGAGUGUACCUGGGGUUUCGAAACUUUGA